AUGCGGCAAAAGCCUUCGUUGCUCGCAGCGUUCGCUGUAGGAGCCGUUGCGGUCGAGAAUGGCCUUGCGAGAACGCCACAGAUGGUAUGGAACAACUGGAACACGUUUGCUUGCGACGUGUCCGAAAGUCUUCUCCUCGAGACCUCGCAGAUUUUGAUCGACUCCGGGCUACGAGACGUUGGCUACACCUAUGUCGUACUCGAUGAUUGCUGGUCCGUUGGACGUGGUGCCGACGGCAAUCAGGUCGUCGACGAGAUCAAAUUCCCAAGAGGCAUGGAGCAUGUAUCGAAGAGCUUGCAUGCCCAGAAUUUGUUGUUCGGGAUGUACUCCAGCGCUGGAGAGAUGACUUGUGCCAGAUAUCCUGGAUCGCUUGACUAUGAGACACAAGACGCCGAGAGCUUCGCCAAAUUCAGCAUAGAUUACCUCAAAUACGAUAAUUGUUAUCACAUGGGUAGAUUUGGUACUCCUUUGGUGACUUUCAAUCGCUUCAACGAUAUGGCGAAGGCUCUCAAAGCUACUGGACGAUCAAUCCUCUACAGCCUCUGCAGUUGGGGCGAAGAUUAUGUACACACUUGGGGACCAUCCAUAGCCAACUCAUGGCGCAUAUCAGGUAAUAUUUACGACUCUUUUGCUCGGCCUGACGACCUCUGCGGAUGCAACGAGCCGACAGAUCCGCACCAUGUAGCGCCUGGUACUCACUGCUCGGUGCUCAACAUCAUCAAUAAGGUGGCGCCAUACACAGAUCGAAGCAUGCCCGGAGGCUGGAGUGACCUAGAUAUGCUUGAGGUUGGUCUCGGUGGCAUGACUGAUGAAGAAUACAAAGCACACUUUUCCAUGUGGGCUGCACUGAAAUCGCCGCUUCUGCUCGGCAACGACCUCCGCGAGAUGAAUGCUGCGACGCUCUCGAUCAUCACCAAUCCCGUCAUUAUCGCAAUCAGCCAAGAUCCAAGAGGCAAAGCCGUGAUGCGCAUCAUCGCAACACUUCUGUACCUCAAGACGAUCGUCAUCUUCUUCAACACUGCCGAUACGGCCGUCGAUAUGUCGACCACUCUUGACGAAGUCUUCGUCAUGGACGGUCCCCACGGAAGCGCACCCCAGGCGCAACAGACACGGGCCAUUCACGACCUGUGGGCGGAGGGUCACAGUCGCAUGAACCGAAAAGACGCGAAUGCAAUACUUGAAGCGAGCUUGGAGGCGGGUAGACGCAAGGUGUUCAAGAAGCUGGACUGGUACAACCCGACAGAAAUACCAUAUAUCGAAGGCCUGGCAGCAGGUGAUGAGCGCGUUUUCGGCGUCGAGAUUGGCAAAGUCACUGCUAGAGGACGGAUCAAUAUGCGCGUAGAGAGACAUGCUGCAAAGGUGUUCAGGCUGCGCAGCAUGACUGAGCAAGUCAACCACAUCGAGACCAACUACCUUUCUCCGACAGCAAGCGGUGCCGUCAAAGGCGGGCAGGCGCUCCAGCAGACCAUCGCCGAUGUCACCGCCGGGGAACACGAACUCGGUGUCUGGGAAGCAAUCCGUCUCUACAAACCCGCUGUCAUCUGGGCCAUGUUCUACCAGCUUUGUGUGAUCAUGGAAGGCUACGACACCAAUCUGCUCUCCAACUUUUUCGCCUACCCAUCAUUCCUGAUCCGCUAUGGUCAUUGGGUUGGCAAGACACCAGAGACUCCCACAGGCUACCAGAUGACAGCCGCCUGGCAGGCAGGUCUCUCUCAAGGUGGUGGCACUGGCUCGAUCGUUGGAUGUUUGAUCGCCGGUCUUCUUGUGUCGAGGUAUGGAUCCAAGAAGGUCGUCCUCGGCGCGCUCACCUGGCUCAUGGUUUCCAUAUUUGUUGUGUUCUUCGCACCGAGCCUGCCUGUCCUGGUCGUAGGAGAGAUCUUAUGCGGUUUACCAUGGGGUGUUCUUGCGAGCACCGCUCCUGCCUACGCCUCCGAAGUGUUACCGACUUGCCUCCGUACUUACAUGACGUCUUUCACCAACAUGUCGUUCAUCCUCGGACAAUUAAUCUCUGCUGGUGUUUUGAAAGGACUCUCUACUCGCACUGAUGCCUGGGGCUACAAGAUCCCGUUUGCUCUGCAGUGGUUCUGGCCCCUGGUUCUUAUUCCAAUCAUCAGUUUCUCUCCAGAGUCGCCGUGGUAUCUGGUCCGCGUUGGCCGCAUGGAAGAAGCUGAGGCCUCCCUAAACCGUCUCAAAUCGAAGAAGGCUAUCAACAUUGAUGUUAAGAACACUUUGGCUACGAUCAUCUACACCGAUAAUUUGGAAAAGCAACUUUCCAUCGGCACACGAUAUAUCGACUGCUUCAGAGGCGUCGAGCUCCGCCGUACCGAGAUUGCCUGCAUGUGCUUCGCUGGUCAGAUCCUCUGUGGUAUCUGCUUCGCCUACAACUCUUCAUACUUCUUCUGCUAA